AUGUCCGACGAUUGCCCUUCUACCAAGCCAAUCAGCACGACAUCGAAGGAAAACUCAGCUGCUCGCGAUACAAACGUCUCUGACAUGCCACCAAAACCUCCAACUCUUACUCUUAUCCUCGCAGCCACACCGAAUCUUGGCAUAGGCAACAGUGGAGGCCUGCCAUGGCCACAGCUCAAGAAAGAGAUGGGGUUCUUCGCACGAGUGACCAAGCGCACGUCGCCUUCUACAUCAACAGAAGGCGUCAAGAAAGUGAAUGCUAUACUCAUGGGCCGCAAGACUUGGGAGAGCAUACCACCUAAAUUCCGUCCCCUGAAGGAUCGGUUGAAUAUUGUCAUCACCUCAAACCCUAAAGAGUUUAUGAGUAAACUAGACAAGAAGAGCGAUGUGGAAGGGCCAAUGGUAUGCUCUAGCGUAUUGGACGCAUUGUCACAGCUUGAAAGUCAGCAAGAAAACAAGUUGCCAAGCUCGAAUGUCGAGUUGGACAGAGUCUUUGUCAUCGGUGGAGCAACUAUAUACAACACGGCGCUGGAGCUUCCACAAACGAAGCGAGUGCUUCUCACAAAGAUUCACAAAGAGUUUGAGUGCGACACUUUCUUCCCGAUCAACCUGGACGAGACGACGAUAUGGAGGAAUAGUAGCAGAGAGGAGGUGCAGAACUUUACUGGCGAAGAGAUCCAAGAAGGUGGAAUUGAGGAACAGGGUGUCAAAUUUGAGUUCUGCAUGUACGAGCGGGACUUCACGUGUUUGCGUUCGAGGCGAGGAAAGUGCAAAACUAUGAAGGAGACAAGCGCACUCACCUCCACCACGCUAAGUGGCACAGAUAAAAUAUCGAUUGUGUCGUUGACACUCUACUCAUCCAAUUUCCUUCUAUUCUCAACUGAAAUUACUCACAACCAAUAUGUCGCAGCAAGGAACACACGUGCAGCCUGUAUGGCUUACGUUGUGGCAGGGAAGCAAUGCAUGCGUCUGCUAGAGAAGGGCUUGGAGUGCUCGGCUGCAACACGUCAUCACGAGUGGCUUAACAUCCUAGCUGCUAUUGGUCUCUUGUGCUUCAUCCGAGGGUUUCAACUGCACGUUGAUCUUACCAACCACCAGUUGCAGAACGGCAAUUACAGCCCAGGCUUCCUUUCUCUUUACAACAAAUGGCGACGGAUAACCCAAAGACUGCUUGCAGCGCCCAUCGCUGUAAUUGUCCUUCACUCGCGUGUCCCGAAUGAUGAGUUAUGGAAGCACGCCAGGCUGCUACUUAUUCAGAUCGCUGCGUCAAUCGGCCUCUUCCUAGCUGGCAAUAUUCUGUGUCUACUUGCUGCGUUCCCAGACGUACAGGGCACUAUACGUGCAUUAGAGGUAUCGGGGCUUACUGGAAAGACAGAAGUGUGA